CGUCUGAUUGCUUUAUAUGUGACGUUAACCGGAAGUGUUACUUCCUCUGGUGUUGCAGUGAAUCCGGUCCCCCUCAAACCGUUUGGUUCAUAAAGAGUUGCAGCCAUGAGUGCAGGACAGCUGAUGAAGGUGUUUGUGACCAGGCGCCUUCCUCAGGACGGAAUGAAGCUGCUACAGAAAGCCUCCAUGUGUGAUGUGUUGGUGUGGGACUCAGAUGAACCUGUUCCACGUGACGAGCUGCUGAAGAAGGUGGAAGGAUCUCACGGUCUCCUGUGUCUGCUCUCAGAUCGGAUCGAUGCUGAGGUCCUCGAUGCAGCUGGACCCAACCUAAAGGUGAUUAGUACGUUGUCUGUGGGCUUUGACCACCUCGCCAUUGAUGAGAUCAAGAAACGAGGUAUAAGGGUAGGCUACACCCCUGAUGUACUAACAGAUGCUACAGCUGAGUUGACCGUUGCUCUUCUAUUGGCUACAGCUCGCCGCUUACCUGAGGGCAUUCAGGAGGUAAAAAGUGGAGGUUGGAGCUCAUGGAAGCCGCUGUGGUUGUGUGGAUACGGGCUGUCAGGAAGUACAGUCGGGGUGAUCGGCCUGGGACGUAUAGGUUUGGCCAUCGCACGCAGGCUGAAGCCCUUCGGGGUUAAACGUCUGCUUUAUUCCGGACGGCAGCCGAAACCUCAGGCUGAAGAGGUGGAUGGAGAGCAUGUGCCCUUAGACACGCUGCUCUGUGAGAGUGACUUCGUGGUGGUUUCUUGCUCUUUGACCCCAGAGACACAAGAGCUGUGUAAUAAAUCCUUUUUCAGUAAAAUGAAGAACACUGCAGUCUUCAUCAACACCAGCAGAGGAGCAGUCGUAAACCAGGAGGAUCUUCUGGAAGCUCUAACCAGCGGUCAGAUCGCCGCAGCGGGACUCGACGUGACCACACCCGAGCCGCUGCCCACAGACCAUCCGCUUCUGCGCCUCAACAACUGCGUUAUAGAACUCAACUCUAAUGAACACAGUGAUGGGCUCCUGUAAGAACCUGCUGGUGUGUGUGUGUUGCAGUGGUUCUCCCUCACAUCGGCAGUGCCACCUUCUCCACACGAGGCAUCAUGUCGCAGCUCUCAGCCAACAACCUUCUCUGUGGUCUGACAGGAGACGCCAUGCCCAGUGAACUGAAGCUGUAGCGUCUCCCCGUGGAGCAUGAUGGGAAAUCAAGCCUGAAGCGUAGACAUUUCACACUAUACACUUUAUUCACUAAUAUAGAAAUGAUUUAAAUAAAUAAAUAUCACUGACCUAUUCAGUGUAACGUAAUAAAGUUGAUCAAACUGAAUGUUUAAUGAAUGAGUUAAUAAUAAAAUAAGUAAGAUUUA